UAUGAGUUCGAGACUGCAUUUCCCAUAAGGCUAUGCAGUAGCGUAAUGUUUACGUCAGCACGCACUAUAAAUAGACGCACGGUAGCAUAGCGUGUCCUCCUCUUUCAUUCAUUGAUUCUGCCAACAAGCAAACAUUAUUAUAAGGUAUUUGUGCUUGAUUGUGUUUGCUUGUGUAAUUAUAUGGGGUGUGCAGUAGCAUAACACGCUCUCGUUUCAUUUAUGCAUUGAUGAUGUAUACAAGUAUUUGCUUACUAAGUGAUUUGCGCUUCACGCUGUCUGUAGGUACUAUAAAUAGACUCAUAGUAGUGUGGAUUGCUUUCACCUCAUUUGUCGGGUCUACAAACAAGCUUGUCGAUCUUCAGGUAAUGGGUCUCUAUGACUAUGGAAGGGUAUAUUUUAAGUAUGCCAGCUAAUUAAUGCCAAGUAGUUGAUCGCUUAUGUUUAGAAUUGUUUGUGUGUUUAUAGGUUACUGUUCAUUUAAUUUAAUGCGGGUAUAAGGCAUCUUCAUGUACGGAUUUUAUUGUUAAGGUAAUGAGAAUUUAUAAAGAAAUUAGUAGGUUAAAGGGGUAGAAAGAAAAGUGUUUUAUGAUGUUGUCAUCUUUCAGAAAACCGUGCGUGUUAAUGGUGAUUGGCCUGACGACAGAGUCUUCAAAGAGUAUGAGUGAUGUAUGAGCGAAAUGCUUGUUAGAGGUUCCUUUUUAAUAGAAGAAACAACCGGUUGGUUUUAAUUCUGUCUUUCACAGAUCCAGAUAUAUUUUUAAGGUAUUUUCUUAAUUUGGUAAAACCUCCUAAUUUAAUUUAAGGGUUGAUUUAAGGAAUUCAUAUUUAGUGUUUGUUUUACAGGUCAAGCACGACUAUUGUUACUAUUUUAUAUUUUGAUUUUUGUGGUGAAUUUCCCCUUUCUCAUUAUAUAAGUGAUUUAUGAUUUAUUAUUAGUAUUUGUGUAAUGAUUUGAGUGUUUUUAUUCAUUAUUAUUUUUAUUUUAUUUUUGUGAAAUGUAUGAUUAAUUUUGUUUCCUCUUUUUGUAGUUUUCAUCCUUUCUGACUCUCGGCAGCACAGGGGCUUCCCUUGUGGGUGCGACUGGCACUGGUGCGGUGGUGGGAUAUUCUUGUGACGUGGCACCUUUUAUUGUGUGCUGUGAUUGCUGUGUUGAAGUGGGGUUGCAUUGCAGUGGUUGUAUAUCCUUCACAAUUCCAGUGGUGCCUUUUAAGGAGCCCUGUGAUUUUGUCAUGAGAGUAUAAAUAUUUUUCUACAUCGUGAGGUUUGCCAUAGUGUUUUAAAUAUUUUAUCAUGUUAUGUGGAAUUAGAAGUUUUGUAUUAUAAAUAAAACUGCUUGUAAAAGUGAUCAUUGCUAUUACCGUCUGUGGCAUUUAACUUAUAUAUUUAAAUACCGGCCAGGUCAGGAUGGUUACAAUUGGCGUAGUCGGACAGGAUUUUUUUUUUUUUUCUCUUUCUCUUUUUUUUCCUUUUAUUUAAUUCUCUAAUUGUUUUUUGGGGGAUCACCACAUAUUGUUGGUAAGUAACAGGUACAUGUACUAGUAGCAAUAGUCGUGCAAGAAGAUAGCUGUCUUGAUUCCCUUAGAAGCCGCCUCCUCCUGAAUUAUCUUGACUUCUCUUUGAACUCUUUUCCAGCAUGUCUGAAGAUUUGCAGCAAGAAUUAACGGACCUGCGUGAACAGCUGCGUAGUUUGCAAACAUUGAAUGAUCAAUUGAGGAGUCAAGCAUUACCAUCCAGCGGACAUGUUGUAAAUUCAUCCUCCUCAAACCCUAAUACUCCUCCAAUGUCUCUUCACAGGGCGCUGUAUGUUCCUAGAGAGAGAAAGUGCCCACGUUUUUAUGGACAUUCAGAUUCAUCAUCCGUGACUGUGGAGGAGUGGAUUGAGGAAGCUACUAUGUGUAUCGAGGGUAGAGGUUGGUCAGAUAGGGAACAAGUAUUGUUUAUACUGGAUCAUUUAGGAGGGGAAGCAAGGAUGGAGGUAAAGCUCCGUCCUGCUGCUCAGAGGGAGAGACCAGAACUUAUUUUUAAUGUUUUAAAGGAUAUGUAUCAUGGUAAACAAACUUUUGUGCAGUUACAGCAGAAAUUUUUUGAGAGAAAACAACAGGAAGGAGAGUCUCUUAUGGAGUUUUCCCAUUCCUUAAUGUCAUUAAUGGAUGCAGUCUUAAGUAGUAAUCCUAACAGUGUUCCUAAUGAUGACCAGGUGCUUCGAGAUCAAUUUGUGGAGCAUGUAAGGGAUGUUACUUUACGACGUGAACUCAGACGAUUUGUGAGGCAAAAGCCUUCUUGUUCCUUACUAGAUGUAAGAGGUGAAGCAAUUAGGUGGGUGGAGGAAGGAGAAAUAGCGACUGUUACGUUAGUACCACAAUCAUGGUGUAAUAAGACUCAAGGUAGAGUAGUUCAGUUUGACAAGAAAAUAAAUAGGUUUGGGGAGUCUACUGAAUUCAAUGAAAUUAAAGAUAUGCUUAAGAGUCAGCAAAAACAGAUAGACGCUAUUACUAAGUGCCUUAACGAACUUAAGCCUACCUCUGAUAAUCCCCCUUCUUCUCCUAGAGUGAACACUCGAAGAUGCUUGCGCUGUAAUAAGCUUGGCCAUAUUGCCAGAUAUUGUCGUCAGCCUUGGCCUAUUGAUGGUAGUUCUAGACCACUAACAGUUGAUAUCAGUGAAGUUUCAACUGAAGAGCCUUUAAACUAGUACCCUCUGUUGUUAUGAGCCACACAACAGAAGAGGGUAGUAAUGGCUCAAAGUCAUCGAUGUCAGCAUGUCCUUCUGUUUUACAACGUUUGGUUGGCCAGUGUCCAACAGUAACUGUUCAGAUGGGGAAAGUCACCGUUCCCUGCCUCUUGGACACUGGUUCAAUGGUAACUACGAUAACUGAAUCAUUCUUUAAUAGCCAUUUUAAAUCAUUAGGUGAAGAGGUUCUUAAAGAAUGUAGUUGGCUUCAGUUGAAAGCAGCAAAUGGUCUAGAAAUCCCAUAUGUUGGGUAUUUUGAGACAGAUAUGUUAGUGUUGGGACAAACUAUUUUGAAAAGAGGUGUUUUGGUAGUUAAAGAUUCUGUUGACACUGUUUUGCAUCAAGGGAGGGUGCUCACUCCAGGAUUGCUGGGAAUGAAUGUUAUUGGCCAAUGUUAUAGUGAAUUGUUUGAACAGCAUGGCGCAGCAUUGUUUUCAGCACCUUUAGUUAAACAAGCUGAGCCAGGAUGGAAGGAUGCCUUAUUGGAGUGUCAGAGA